CACAGGAAUUACUGUAAUUAUAGAGAGAAGCUGAAUUACAAUGGGGGACGACAGUGAGUGGAUGAAACUGCCCAUUGACCAGAAAUGUGAACACAAGCUGUGGAAAGCCAGAUUAAAUGGUUAUGAAGAAGCCCUUAAGCUCUUCCAGAAGAUAGAUGAUGAAAAGAGUCCCGAAUGGUCCAAGUAUCUUGGAUUGAUAAAAAAAUUUGUGACAGAUUCCAAUGCGGUGGCUCAGUUGAAAGGACUGGAAGCAGCACUCGCUUAUGUUGAAAAUGCUCAUGUAGCUGGGAAGACAACAGGAGAAGUAGCAUCUGGAGUUGUAAAUAAAGUGUUCAAUCAGCCAAAAGCCAGAGCGAAAGAGCUGGGUCUGGAUAUAUGUCUAAUGUAUAUAGAAAUUGAGAAGGGGGAAGCAGUACAAGAAGAAUUACUAAAGGGUCUGGACAACAAAAACCCAAAAAUCAUAGUAGCAUGUAUAGAGACACUGAGGAAAGCACUAAGUGAAUUUGGUUCAAAAAUAAUCUCACUGAAGCCAAUCAUUAAAGUAUUGCCAAAACUUUUUGAGUCUCGGGAAAAGGCUGUUCGAGAUGAAGCCAAACUCCUUGCUGUAGAGAUCUAUCGUUGGAUAAGGGAUGCUCUGAGACCUCCAUUGCAGAACAUAAAUUCUGUUCAGCUAAAAGAACUGGAAGAAGAGUGGGUCAAAGUGUCAUCAGCUGCUCCUAAACAGACCAGGUUCCUGCGCUCCCAACAGGAGCUGAAAGCAAAAUUUGAGCAACAACAGGCGGUUGGAGGAGAUGCAGAUGGAGGAGGUGAUGAUGAGGAAGAGGCAGUACCACAAGUAGAUGCAUAUGAAUUGCUUGAAGCUGUAGAAAUUCUUUCCAAGCUUCCCAAAGACUUCUAUGAGAAAAUAGAAGCAAAAAAGUGGCAAGAAAGGAAAGAAGCUCUAGAAGCUGUUGAACUGCUGGUGAAAAAUCCCAAACUGGAAUCAGGAGACUAUGCAGACUUGGUGAAAGUUCUCAAAAAAGUUGUUGGAAAGGAUACAAAUGUUAUGUUAGUUGCUUUGGCUGCCAAAUGCCUUGCUGGACUAGCUGCUGGCCUCCGAAAAAAAUUUGGACAGUAUGCAGGGCAUGUUGUUCCAACAAUCUUGGAGAAAUUUAAAGAGAAAAAGCCUCAGGUAGUGCAGGCACUGCAGGAAGCCAUCGACGCAAUCUUUCUUACAACCACAUUGCAGAACAUAAGUGAAGAUGUGUUGGCAGUGAUGGACAACAAAAACCCAACCAUUAAGCAACAAACAUCACUUUUCAUUGCAAGAAGCUUCCGUCACUGUACACCUUCUACUCUGCCAAAAAGCCUGUUAAAACCUUUCUGUGCUGCACUUCUCAAGCAUAUCAAUGAUUCUGCCCCUGAAGUAAGAGAUGCUGGGUUUGAAGCAUUAGGCACUGCCUUGAAAGUGGCUGGAGAGAAAGCUGUGAAUCCUUUUCUAGCAGAUGUAGACAAACUAAAGCUUGAUCGGAUUAAAGAGUGUGCUGAAAAGGUAGAACUGGUUUAUGGUAAAAAGACAGGAGGAGCUGCUGAGAAAAAAGAAGGCAAGCCUGUUACUGGGAAGAGCCCUGCUCUUUCAGGCACUGGUGGAGAUAAAGAAACAAAAGAUGCAGCAACCAAAGCAGGACCACUGAAAAAAGCACCUGCUGUGAAGUCUGGUCCACCCAAGAAAGGCAAACCAGCUGCAGCCGCAGGUAUGGGAGGUGCUGGGUCUAAAGGCAAGAAGGGUCCUGAGACAAAAGAAAUAUUUGAAUCGGAGCUCUCAAUAGAAGUAUGUGAAGAGAAAGCUGCUGCUGUCCUUCCAGCUUCUUGUAUCCAGCAGUUGGACAGUGGUAACUGGAAAGAAAGGCUUGCCUGCAUGGAGGAGUUUCAGAAGGCUGUUGAGCUUAUGGAGAGAAGUGAAAUGCCUUGCCAAGCUCUAGUAAGAAUGCUGGCCAAGAAACCUGGUUGGAAGGAAACAAAUUUUCAGGUGAUGCAGAUGAAGCUGCAUAUCGUUGCGUUGAUUGCACAGAAAGGAAACUUCUCCAAAACUUCAGCCCAGGUUGUACUGGAUGGCCUUGUUGACAAGGUUGGUGAUGUAAAAUGUGGGAGUAAUGCAAAAGAAGCCAUGACAGCAAUAGCAGAGGCAUGUCAGUUGCCAUGGACUGCUGAGCAGAUUGUGGCUAUGGCUUUCUCUCAAAAGAAUCCUAAAAACCAAUCAGAAACUUUGAACUGGCUUUCAAAUGCAAUUAAAGAGUUUGGCUUUUCUGGACUGAAUGUCAAAGCUUUCAUCAGUAAUGUGAAGACAGCACUUGCUGCAACUAACCCAGCUGUAAGGACUUCUGCCAUAACCUUGCUGGGAGUCAUGUAUCUUUAUGUGGGACCUCCUUUGCGAAUGUUUUUUGAGGAUGAGAAGCCAGCCCUUCUCUCCCAGAUAGAUGCAGAAUUUGAAAAGGUGCAAGGGCAGACGGCACCAGUCCCAACUCGUGGCAUUUCCAGGCACAAUGGGGGCGGUGGGGAUGAUGGUGAGGAAGAAGAACAGGAGGAAGUUGGCAAUGAUGUUGUGGAUCUCUUGCCAAGAACAGAUAUUGGAGAUAAGAUCACAGCUGAACUAGUGUCUAAGAUUGGGGACAAAAACUGGAAGAUCAGAAAGGAAGGUCUAGAUGAAGUGACAAGCAUAAUAAAUGAUGCUAAGUUCAUACAGCCAAACAUAGGAGAACUUCCAGCUGCUUUGAAGAGUCGGCUCAAUGACUCCAAUAAAAUCUUGGUGCAACAAACACUGAGCAUUCUUCAGCAGCUAGCAACUGCAAUGGGCCCCAAUAUCAAACAGCAUGUGAAAAAUUUGGGCAUUCCAAUUAUAUUGAGGGAACAGCAAAAUAAUGUUCGUGCUGCUGCACUAGCAACUGUGAACACCUGGGCUGAACAAACUGGCAUGAAAGAGUGGUUAGAAGGGGAAGACCUGUCUGAGGAGCUCAAAAAAGAAAAUCCUUUCCUAAGACAAGAGCUUCUUGGUUGGUUGGCUGAGAAGUUGCCUACCCUCCGUUCUGUUCCUUCUGACCUACUCUUGUGUGUGCCUCAUCUGUACUCUUGCCUGGAAGAUCGAAAUGGGGAUGUGCGUAAAAAGGCGCAGGAUGCCCUGCCAUUCUUUAUGAUGCAUCUUGGCUUUGAGAAGAUGGCAAAAGCUACCAGCAAGCUGAAGCCAACUUCCAAAGAUCAGGUACUGGCCAUGCUUGAGAAAGCCAAAGCCAACAUGCCAGCCAAACCAGCUCCUCCUGCUAAAGCAUCUUCCAGAAUGGUAGGGGGAGCAGCUCCAGCCAAAUUCCAACCUGCAUCAGCACUUGCUGAAGAUUCAGGGUCCAAUAUCAUGGAAUCCAAGCCUGAUCCCAAAAAAGCCAAAGUAGGAGCGGUCUCCUCUAAAGCUAAGGGUGUACAGGGGAAGAAAGUGCUAAGCAAGCCUAAUUUGAAGGAAGACGAUGAUAAAUCGGGUCCUAUUUUUAUCAUAGUCCCAAAUGGGAAGGAACAGAGGAUGAAAGAUGAGAAAGGUCUGAAGGUGUUAAAGUGGAAUUUCACUACUCCCCGUGAUGAAUAUAUUGAGCAGCUAAAAACUCAGAUGUCCAGUUGUGUGGCCAAAUGGUUACAGGAUGAGAUGUUUCAUGCAGACUUUCAGCACCACAACAAAGCACUGGCUGUUAUGAUUGAGCACUUGGAGAGUGAAAAAGAUGGAGUCAUCAGCUGCCUUGAUCUGAUAUUAAAAUGGCUUACCCUGCGGUUCUUUGAUACCAACACAAGUGUUUUGAUGAAAGCACUUGAAUACCUUAAAUUGCUUUUCAAUUUGCUGAGUCAAGAAGAGUAUCACCUUACUGAAAAUGAAGCAUCCUCUUUCAUUCCAUAUCUUAUCCUAAAGGUAGGAGAACCAAAAGAUGUCAUCCGCAAGGAUGUACGUGCCAUUCUGAACAGGAUGUGUCUCAUCUAUCCAGCCAGCAAGAUGUUCACUUUCAUCAUGGAGGGCACAAAAUCCAAAAACUCAAAACAGCGUGCAGAAUGCCUGGAAGAGCUUGGAUGUCUGGUUGAAUCAUAUGGCAUGAAUGUAUGCCAGCCAACUCCAGGGAAAGCCUUAAAAGAAAUGGCAACUCAUAUCGGUGAUAGGGACAACACUGUGCGCAAUGCUGCUCUGAACACCAUUGUGACUGUCUAUAAUGUUCAUGGAGACCAAGUGUUCAAGCUGAUUGGAAAUCUUUCUGAAAAAGACAUGAGCAUGCUAGAGGAAAGAAUAAAACGGUCAGCCAAGAGACCAUCUGCUGCUCCAGUGAGACAGGUAGAGGAGAAACCUCAGCGUACUCAAAACAUCAGCACUAAUGCUAGCAUGCUGCGGAAGGGACCAGCUGAGGACAUGUCCUCCAAACUCAACCAAAAUCGCAACAUGGGCAGUCACUCUGAGACAGCGCAUACAGUUCCACGGGAAUUUCAGCUGGAUCUUGAUGAAAUUGAAAAUGACAACGGCACUGUCAGAUGUGAGAUGCCAGCACUUGUACAGCACAAACUAGAUGACAUCUUUGAGCCAGUCUUGAUUCCUGAGCCUAAAAUCCGUGCUGUGUCCCCACACUUUGAUGACAUGCACAGUAACACAGCUUCUACUAUCAACUUUGUAAUUUCCCAAGUAGCCAGUGGUGAUAUAAAUACAAGCAUCCAGGCUCUGGCACAGAUUGAUGAGGUUCUCAGACAGGAAGACAAAGCAGAAGCCAUGUCUGGCCACAUUGACCAAUUCCUAAUUGCUACCUUUAUGCAGCUUCGGCUUAUCUACAAUACACACAUGGCAGAUGAGAAGCUAGACAAAGAUGAGAUAGUCAAACUUUACAGCUGUAUUAUUGGGAGCAUGAUCUCGCUAUUUCAAAUAGAGAGUCUGGCUCGAGAGGCCUCCACUGGUGUGCUGAAGGACCUAAUGCAUGGUCUUAUUACAUUAAUGCUGGAUUCUCGGGUUGAAGAACUUGAGGAGGGUGAGCAGGUCAUCCGAUCAGUCAACCUCUUGGUAGUGAAAGUUCUGGAAAAGUCUGACCAGACCAACAUCUUGAGUGCUCUGCUUGUUUUGCUCCAAGACAGUCUGCUAGCAACAGCCAGCUCUCCUAAGUUUUCGGAACUUGUCAUGAAGUGUCUGUGGAGAAUGGUGCGUCUUCUUCCGGAAACCAUUAAUAGCAUCAAUCUGGAUCGGAUUCUACUAGAUAUCCACAUUUUCAUGAAGGUCUUUCCCAAAGAGAAGCUGAAGCAAUGUAAGAGUGAGUUUCCUAUAAGGACACUGAAGACUCUGCUUCAUACCCUGUGCAAGCUGAAAGGGCCCAAGAUCUUGGAUCAUUUGACAAUGAUAGACAACAAAAACGAGUCUGAGCUGGAGGCUCACCUGUGUAGAGUAAUGAAACACUCCAUGGACCAGAGUGGAAGCAAAGCUGAUAAGGAUACAGAAAAAGGGGCUUCUCGCAUAGAGGAAAAGGCUUCAAAGGCCAAAGUUAACGAUAUUUUGGCAGAAAUAUUUAAGAAGAUUGGCUCCAAGGAGAACACUAAGGAGGGUCUGGCAGAGCUGUAUGAAUACAAAAAGAAAUAUUCUGAUGCAGACAUUGAGCCCUUCCUGAAAAACUCUUCUCAGUUCUUCCAGAGCUAUGUGGAAAGAGGCCUCCGGCUUAUAGAAACAGAACGGGAGGGGAAGGGACGCAUUGCUGCUUCUACAGGAAUUUCUCCUCAGAUGGAAGGAACAUGUGUUCCUGCUUCUACCCACACUGUAUCUUCAUCUAUAGGAAACUCAAAUGGGGAGGAAGUGGGGCCUUCAGUUUACCUGGAAAGAUUAAAAAUCCUCAGGCAGCGUUGUGGCCUUGACAACGCAAAGCAGGAAGACAGACCACCUCUGACGUCUCUGCUCUCUAAACCAGCAGUCCCUACAGUUGCAUCCUCUACAGAUAUGCUUCACAGUAAGCUCUCCCAGCUCCGUGAGUCACGGGAGCAGUACCAACAUCUGGACCUGGAUUCCAAUCAGACUCAUUCUUCUGGCAUUGGAACUACCCUGGCUUCACCCUCUUCUGCAGCAGCUAAUAUUGAUGACUUGAAAAAAAGAUUGGAGAGAAUAAAAAGCAGUCGCAAAUAGAGAUGCAAGAGAGACAGCAUCACUGUUGUUUGGGCUGUCUUCAGCUUUAGUUUACUAAACUAGAAGUCUUCAUAGUUAAAUGGCCUCAUUUAGGCCUAAUGUAUACAAACUGGUUUAUGUAUAAUACAGUGGAUUUUGGGGGGUUGAGUCAUUGUGGCACAAGUAUUUGUACAUAAUCUGCUUCUUGGUGAGCAUCUCUUUGACAAUAGAAGGCUGUCUGUGUAUUAGUUUUAGUGUACAGACCUGUAAACAACCAUCCUCUUGCUCAGACUAGUUUCUCAUAACUUGUUUUUUUAUUUGUAAAAUUGUCUUUAAGAUCUUUUCCUAGUUCUUAACUCCUAGAAGAUCUUUAGUGAUUUCACUUUUAAUUUUGUGAAUUCUUCUCCAUGUAAUCCUUGAACUGUUAAUUCUGUAUUGACACAUGGCAUGAAGUAACUAAUUUAAGUGUCUUUUGUAAAUAAAGUUUGCAUUAACUAUA